AUUUUCGACGCCAGGAGCCUUCACUACCAUGAAGUCCUUAGUGAUUCUGUGGUCUUUCCUUACGGGUGUUUUUGGAGAAGGGAUGCAGCAGUGCGGGGAGACACUGACGGGUGACUCGGGUUCCAUCGUAUCCCCCGAUUACCCAAAAGAAUACCCAAAUAAUUCCUUAUGCACCUGGACCAUCUUGCCCCAACCCCCGACGGAGUACCCGAUCAUCCUAACUUUCGAGGAGUUUUUCCUCGACGAGAGCGAUGACUGUCUCUCUGAGCACGUCAGUAUCUCAAAUUUCGACUGGGCUACCUUCUGCGGGGAAAAUGCUCCGUCCACUUUGGAAAUCUCCGAUCCAAGCAUCACUAUCAUCUUCGUGAGCGAUGAUAUCCCCUCGCCUACAAUGGACCGCAGGUUCAACAUUACCUACCGAAUAGACAACGGAUGCGACGUUGAAUGGAAACGGUUCCAAGAUAGUUGCUACUACUCGGACUACACCGAACGAAAAGAAUUCCAGCUAUCCGAUGCUCAGGAGGCAUGCCAGGCAAUGGGAGCGGAUGUCACCAGCGUCCAUACGCAAGAGGAGGACGAAUUCAUCGCGUCGCAAGUGCAAACGUCCUUCAAUUACAUCGGGGCUAGGACGGGCAGGGAUUUCCCGGGUGACCCAUUCGACUUCGAAUUUCUCGACGGUACUCUUUCAGAUUACCACAAUUUCAAUGAUGCGGGUGCAAUACUGGAUUCUCUCUCUUGGGUCGUGCUCACCGUCGAUCAAUGGAAGAACUUCCCAUGUGACGAAGGGCGUCCUUUCAUCUGCGAGUAUGACGGCAUCCCGCCAAUCGACAUCGUGCCCAUUGGGAGUACGUUUGACACGGCCAUAAGCAUUUGUAGCGUUAAAGGUGGAAAUUUGAUCAAGAUCCAAGACCAAGGAAAGAGGGAAGAAGUCAUGCGCAUCUUCCUCAACAAGUAUGAACCCUUCCCGACAAAAUUCUGGAUUGGUUUGCGCCGCAACGCUGCCACGGGCGAGUGGAAUUGGGUUGAAGACGGAUCGCAACUGACAUACGACAACUGGGCCCCAGGUUUUCCAACCCGAUUGCCCAACCACGACUGCGCAGCGAUGGUCCCAUCCACUUGGGCCACUGUCGGUGGGUGGGCCUUCGGCUGGACCUGCAAGAAGUCCCACGACGGAAUCUCAUUCCACACCUUCAAUCGCGUCUUGGAAUUCGAUCCUGAACCGUGA